AUGUUAAAUUUUAGAUUCUUAUUCACAGAAGAGUCAGACAAAAUGCAGCAAUAUUGCAUUAAGUGGAACAAUCACAUGAAAAAUUUCCAAUCAACUUUACCAAAGUAUUUUCAAAAUCAGAAGUUUCUUGACUGUACACUUGUAGUGGAAGGACUUCAUCUCGUCCCUUGCCAUAAAUUUGUACUUGAUGCAUGCAGUGAAUAUUUUGCCAGUUUCUUGAAAAACAAACUUCUUGAUGAUAAGAAUUUAGUCAUUUGCUUGCCGAAAGAGAUUCGUUUAUGGGAGAUUCAAGCGAUUCUUCAAUUUAUGUAUCAUGGUGAAGUAUGUAUAUCUCAAGAGGGCUUAACAAGCCUUGUUAAAUGUGCUGAGAUGUUACAAGUGAAAGGAUUAUGUGGUAACGAAAUCAAUCCUGAUGCAACAUCGAUAAUAUCCAAAGAAAAUGAUGUUCCAAGUUCUAAAAGGAAUGAAGGAAUGAAUUCUUCGACGGACUACGUCAAUGAAAUGUCAAAUGGCGCAGCGGAUCUGCAACACGAAGGAGGAAAUGAUAUCGGUGAAAUAAAUGAACAAAUGAUUAAGAGAGAAAUUAAUAUAAGUGAUGUAGAUGAUGAAAACUUAAACACUGACGAACAAGUAAAGAUCUCACAAAACAAGUCAAACUCCCAAGUCGUUGGAUUGAUUCGUGUUAAAAGGAAUCUUUUUGAUAAUCAUGACCAAGGUGUUAUUAAAAAUGCUAAACAAGAUGAAAGUUCUAGUGAAGCAUCCAAUAGUUUGGUGUAUAAUAAAAAAUCAAUGGAUAUUUAUGUGAAACCUACACCAAAAGAAUCUGAAAUGGAUGCUUCAUCAACAAGCUCAACUCCACUUCUUGUCGAACAGCAAAACGAUGACCAUCAGUUUGAAGACAUAGUUUGUUCGCCUACACUUAUUCAAUACCAUUACAUGACUGAUAACAGUAAGAAAGCUUCUAGUCGCUUGGCUGUAACAAGAUUGGAUAAAACUAACGAGAUUUCUGAUUUUGAUGAAGAUGAAGAUGAUAAUGAUGAUUUAUACAUAGAAGAGGCUAAUAAUGAUGUUUUAUUCAAUAUGAUUACACAAAAGUUGGAGGGAUACGACACGUUUUCUCAAGAAGGUAAAGAUACAGAAGUAAAACGACAACUUUUGAUUUCUUCGGUUGAUAGUUUAAAUCAUCAAUAUAAAGAAAAAGAGUCUUCAAUUUUUCCACAACAAAACGAUAGUUCAGUGGGGUGCGAAAUGAAAGUUGCAAUUGGAGGUCUUUACUUACGAAAUCCAAGAGGAAACCAAGUGAGACAGUAUGACGUUAAUGCAUUAUAUAAUGCACUUCAAGAUGUUAAAAAUGGUCACAGCAUAUACAGAGCUGCACAAACCUACAGUAUCCCAAGAAAGACAUUACGAAACUGGAUGAAACGCUUGCAUAUAAAGUCAAAAUUCCCAAUGCCAAAACAACUUCAAGCGGCAGCAGAACGUAAGAAAAAUACCCAAGUCAAAGAUGAAGGAGGUUCUAAAAUCAUCAUCAGCCCAAUCGAACUUUCGUGAAUUGCAUCACAUCUACCAAAAAGAAAAGUGAAAAUAAAUUAACGCAGUCAUUCAUAAGAACUGAUAUUUAUUAAGUCCCAUUAUAAAACUUUUUUGAGUGAUUUGUUUUUAUUUGUCCUAGAUUCUAUUUGUUUAGAUUAAAGAUAAAUUAUUUACCAAAAAGAAGAAGAUGAUAGAUUGUCGAUUUGAAAGGAAUGGAAGCUAGUCACUUAAAUGUAAUUAUUUCUUUUUUCAAUGUUUAAAAUGUAAGAAUUUACGAUUUUUAAAAAUAAAACAAAACAUUUGGUAAAAUAUA